AUGGAUCCCGGGGCUGUGCAGAAAAGGCUUGCCCAAGCAGCCGUGAAGCUUUACAAAGCUAGGAAGGAGCUUAAGAGGUACAAGGCCGCGAAGAAGAUAGUUGAAGAACAAGAAGCGGAAGCAGCCGAAAAAGCAGAGACUACCGAGUAUAUCAGGCGGCCAACCUUCUCCAUCCUGGAAACCAUUCUCGAGGUUUCAGAGGUAAAGACAGUUGAUAUCGAAGUCCACGGCAUGAAAGCCAAGUUUUAUCUAAGCCGUCCCGACGAAGACAUCGUGCCUCUGCGGUACCUUAAGAAAGCAGACACUGACAAACUAGAGAUCGUCCAUCGCGCAGUAUGGAUCUUCAGCAAAACCAAGGAUGGACGUCAAGUCAAUCAAGAUAAAUGGCCUACCCUCGAGACCAUUUUCUUCGAUGUCUUCCAUAACCUCAAGAAUUCUCCUCAGUGGGAUAAGGCACUUUUUGAUGACGAUAAAGGAAGUACUGCCACCUGUCCACCAAACUCUGAUUUCAGACUGGCACGCUUCAACCAGGACAACGUACUUCAUGCUCUUAUAUCCGAGCUAUUUUUCAAUGUGGAUGUCAUGCACCCAACCUCCAAGCCUAUGCUCUGGUUUCACCUCCAUCCGAAAGUCAUGGGAGAAACUCUAGAGUAUUGGACCGGAUACAAAGAGAAACGUCAUGACGGACCUUGUUCCUCCGGCCGGAUUGUCGUCGAAUACUACCCGGACGCCAUGUUCGCACGCACCGUUCUGCCAGUCGCAACUACUCUAACCGACAACCAACCUCUCGACAAAGCCCUAUGCCAAAACUUCCAACUGCACCUCGGUCAACUCCUGACCAACCUCCACCACCUCCACAUCAACAAAUACUGCCUUCCAGACCAAGAAGUCUUCCUCAUCAACCUCCACGGAAGCAGACUUCACGUCCAACGGGCCAUUUUCCCAAGUCCUAAGAUCUCCCGGAUCUACUGCAAAAAAUACAAACCCGCCGAUGCCAAAAGUGAACUGCACACCUUCCGGGCUGGAGACACCACCCGCCGCUACACUGAGCAAGAUCUGGAAUAUGAUAUCGAUCAACUCGACUGGCUGCACACCCUCCGAGAAGACAAUAAUGAGGCUCCGGACGAAGAAGAUAAGCCCGUGAUCCGCGUGCUCGCGAGCCAGGAAUAUGAUCUUUGGACCAAGAGCGGCUGGCAUGCGGCGUUGAAGUUGUUGGCUGGCUUGAAUCGUUAUUUGAUGGGGGGCCGCGCCAAGUGCGGUGUCAUGCAGAACAUGUUCGAGAAGUUUCCGAUUGAUGAGUCUCCUAAAGAGUCGUCUGCGGCCAAGAGCUGA